AUGAGCUAUAGGCGGGUAAUCUCCGACGAAGUUGCUUUUGCGGCGUAUCAGCAGGAUUCACGAGCGGCGGUCCCCGGUCCAUUUGGUAUCUUGGGCGCACUCAAGUGGUAUGGGAAGUUCGAACAUCCUUCGUUGCAGGAACCCGUCUCCUGGGCCAUCAAUUGGGUCAUCUCAAUAUUGGGGUCACAUGAAACCCCAGACUUUUGGCCAUAUAGUCAUUUUCCUUGCUGGAGACCACCUGGUGGGAACAGCGGUAUUGAAGAGCGCGAUACGUGA